GUAUAUGAAAUAUGGUAUGCCCAGUUCACACCAGAGGUCUUUAGGUGGGCACAUUUCAUUACUAGGGUGACAUUUUAGCUCAAACAGAAGGAUAAUGGAAAUGAUAUAACAAACCAAUACCUUCCUCUCUUCCAACCUAUGUAACAAUGCCCACCGUAUCCUAUUGGCUGGCAUCCAGCCUAUCAUGAGCCAUAUUUUCACUCACUAGCAAUGAUAUAAAAAGGCUCAGGGAAAUGUGCAGAGGUUUGUAUUUUUUCUGCCAGCCCUUCAAGCAAUUGCUUAAUCUGUAAGACCAGGGAGAAAUUCAAGAGAAGAAAAGAGAACAGAACAACGGGUGUUUUAAAAAAAUACGGGAGCAAAGAAACAGAGUGAAAAGACAGGCAAGCCUUUUCCCCAAUGAGCUGAGACUUGUGGAAAGCAAGACAAACAACUGAAGAUAUUGACCACCACCACCACCCCCUCCCCCAGAAAAAGGGGCUGUUGGCAGGGUUCCAAAGUGGACGAAGACAUGUGUGACAGUCAGUCUGACACGGAGAGCUCUGAUGAACCUGAGCCAUCUUGCCGAGCCAAGAGGGCAAAAACCUCACGUUCUUGCCGGGCUGGAUUGAUUUUUCCCGUGAGCCGUAUUCAUAGGUUCCUCCGGAGAGGAGACUAUGCCGAGCGCAUUGGAUCAGGAGCAUCCGUUUACAUGGCUGCUGUGCUUCAGUACCUGACGUACGAUAUUGUUGAUAUUGCUGGGAAUAUUGCCUCAGGUGAUGAGAAACGUCGAAUUGUCCCUGAACACUUACAGCAAGCCAUCAGCAAUGACACCGAACUCCACUCUCUCUUGGGAGGCAUCUCCUUUCCCAAUGUGAAAGAUGUGCCCAAGAAUGAUCCUGCCCCAUCAGCCAAGGGGAGCAAGAAACCCAACAAAGCUGUAAAAGCUCCAAAUGAGGUUGCCACAUAAACAAAGGUGCUUCUGUUUUUCUGCGCUUCGAAUGAAGUCUUUUUAAUAUCCAGCCUUGCUGUCUAAUAAAAGCUGCUCUGAAGAUGAGUUCUCUGUUGUGUGAAUGUAUUUGUUUCCACACAGCUUUCAGAUGGGAUAUUUUAUUUGAGGUGAUACUAAUUCUGAGUCGCCUCCGGGCUGAUAUGGGCAGGAU